AUGGCUCCAGGGUCUCAGGCUGGACCUCCAGUCAUCCUCCUCCUCCUCUUCUUCCUGCUCCACGCCUCUGCUCUUGAGCCCAUGGAAGUGAGAGUUGGGGUCGCUGUGGUCCUGCCCUGCUCAGCCCCUCUUCAGAUGGACCUGGAGAACCUGGUCCUGGAGUGGACCCGAGAGGACCUCAGAGACACAUACAUGUUCUUCUUCAGAGAUGGACGACCGUACCUGCAAUACCAGGACCCACUCUUCAAGGACCGCGUGGAGCUGCAGGACCCUGACAUGAAGAACGGAAACCUUUCAAUCGUCCUGCAUGACGCCGCGAUCUUGGACAGUGGGCGGUACGAGUGCCACACGUUCAGCCUAUCACAGGCCAGGAAGAAACGCUCUGUGUACAACAGCGAGCCAAUCAGAACUUUUGAUCUAAAAGUGCUCUCAGCAGAUGUUGAGAAAAUCCCUGUGAUGCCUGGAGAGGACGUGGUCCUCAAGAUGGGGUCGCUGGACUUCCCUGUGACGUCUUUCGUUUGGAAACGAGCUGAUGAUCCAGAGCACUAUGUGUUUAUGUACGGCAGGGAUCACCCUCACCCUCACCACCAGCACCCACUGUACCAAGACCGGAUCCACUUUGAGAAUCAGACCCAAGGCCCAGUCCAUGACAUGUCUGUGGUCCUUCGCCGCGUCCAGCCCAGCGACAGCGGGACGUACCACUGCAUCAUCCUCCAGUCUCUGCGGCGUCUGAAGAGAGACCUGCACGUGUCCGAACCUCAAAAGGUCAUCGUCCUGGAGGUGGCAAGUGGAGUCCACACGUUUGAGUCCAGAGUAGGGAUCGUCCUCUUCCUCUCAGCUGCACUUCUGACUCUGGGUUAA